UAACCAACAUGUAAAGCAGCACAAGAGCUGUCAGCCUAUAUUUAAUGCAGAAACAGGUGCUGAUCAGAUCAAAGGUCAAACUUGUUUCAGUUCUAAGGAAGUGAAACUCAGACAGUCAUUGUUAUUGAGAGCUGAAAUGGCGCAGCAAGGAGCUCAGCUGGACGAGGAAAUAAUUAGCUGUUCAAAUUGUCAGGAUCUACUGAAGGAUCCAGUGGCUUUUCCCUGCGGACACCGCUACUGUAUGAGAUGUAUUAAAGGAUUCUGGGAUGAAGAGGAUGAGAAGAAAAUCUACAGCUGCCCUCAGUGCAGAGAGGCCUUCACACUGAGGCCUGUCCUGGUGAAAAACAUCCAGCAGAGAAUCCAGGACAGAGAGAAAGAUGUAAAGCUGCUUCAACAGGAGGUGGAGGCCGUCAUUCGCUCUGCUGAUAAAGCAGUGGAGGACAGUGAGAAGAUCUUCACUGAGCUGAUCCGUCUCCUCCAGAAAAGAAGCUCUGAUGUGAAGCAGCAGAUCAGAUCCCAGCAGGAAACUGAAGUGAGUCGAGUCAAAGAGCUUCAGGAGAAGCUGCAGCAGGAGAUCACUGAGCUGAAGAGGAAAGACGCUGAACUGAACCAGUUUCUACAUAACUACCCCUCAGUGUCACAACUCAGUGAACCUACAGACUCAUCCAGCAUUGAUAUUCGUCCUCUGAAAUACUUUGAGGAUGUGACAGCAGCUGUGUCAGAGCUCAGAGAUAAACUACAGGACAUCCUGAGGGACGAAUCUCACAUCUCACUGGCAGUGACUGAAGUGGACGUUUUACUAUCACGAGCAGAGCCAAAGACCAGAGCUGACUUCUUAAGAUAUUCACGUGAAAUCACUCUGGAUCCAGACACAGCAAACUCAAGGCUGGUAUUAUCUGAGGGGAACAGAAAAGCAAGACUAUCGAGUCAAUAUCCGUCUUAUCCUUUGGACCCAGACAGGUUUCUACCAUGUUUGCAGGUCCUGAGUAAAGAGAGUCUGAUGGGACAUUGUUACUGGGAGGUGGAGUGGGAAGGAGCCAUUGACGUAGCAGUCGCAUACAAGAGUAUCAGCAGAACAGGAGAUUGGAAUGAAUGUACGUUUGGAAACAAUGAGAAAUCUUGGGCUUUAUAUUGUGAGCCUGCACGUCAUUCAUUUAGAUUCAACAAUGUCAGAACUCCUUUCUCAGAACACUCUCGUCAUUUCUCCAGAGUCGGAGUGUACCUGGAUCACAGAGCAGGUAUUCUGUCCUUCUACAGCGUCUCUGAAACCAUGACUCUCGUCCACAGAGUCCAGACCACAUUCACUCAGCCUCUCUAUGCUGGACUCUGUUUUUAUGUAGAUGCCAAAGCUGAGUUGUGUGAACUCAAAUAGACAGAAGUCAUUUCAGACUUCAUGUGUCAGAUGUUGUAAUUCUUCAUGUUUUUGUCUCCAUGUUUCUGAGCUGCUAGGAGAUCAGCUGACAUGCUAAUAGGGAUAUACAACUUUGUUUUUUUGUUUAUAUAUGUAUCGUUUAUAUGUUCAGUUUCUUUAAAUGUGAUUUUUUUCCUGUGUGUUUUUAUCCAUGGAGGCUCUCACUGCUCAUCACCAUGUUUUUAACCUUCACUGACAUUUCUUCAGAUGAAAAAUGUAAAUUUGUCUUUGUUCUAAAUGUUAGUUUCAUGUUUUUAUUAAUGUAUUUGUGUCUGUUUGGUUCUCACUACUUUGUAAAGUCAUAAAGAAAUAUUCAAUCAAGCUGUAAUUAUCAUGAUAAUAAUCAAAGAGGAGAUCUUUUACUAUGUUUUUGUAGAUAGCUGACACUCAAUGUUAAACUAACUGAUUGUGUGGAUGAAGUUAAUCUGUACAUGAAAUCAUUG